AUGACGGAACCACGAGUGCUAGUUUCUAAUGAAGAGACAAUAGGUACACUCGUUGAAAUGUUGGCUACUAGUGGUUCCAAGGAUCCAUCAGUUUUUUACCAAAUCCGCGAUUUUUUCUUUGAUCUUCCACAGCAAGACUUUGACCGAUUCGCCAAAGAAGUAACACUAGCAGUUAUAAAAUGCAUAUCUAAUAACUUUUCACACAUUAAAAACGGACAAAACAUUGACUUUCUUUCAUUUUCGAAAUUCUUACAGACUGGCUUAUCACUUCUACUAUAUCUCGGCUACAAAAUACAAUUCUCUCUCACAGAUAAUCUACCUCUCGACAAUUUAAUUGCUCAUAUCAACUCUUUUGAUGAAAUAAGUUUAACUUCAAUUGUUAAAAUCGUAAUCUAUUCUUGGCAAUACAAAGAUCACGACCAAGCAUCAAUAGAGUUCAUAACCAGCCGCAUAAAUCUAUUUUAUCCAUUUGUUUGUAAUAAACUGCGUUUAUUAGCCGAGCAGAUAGAAACAAUAAGACCAGCACAGUACUCGACAAUUUUUUCUCUUAUUCAAUGUUUGAUGGCUUGCGGGAAGAUUUCUGAAAGAACUCGAGCGGAAUUCUUAAAAACUCUUAAAGUUUUCUAUGAAACCAUCUCGAAACCUGUAAACCUUAGCAACUCAACAGUAUACAAUAUCUCACAUCUAUCGAUUUUAAUGAAAAUGGGCUUUUCACUCUACAAUACUCAAAUUCCAGAAUUUGACAACAAUACAAUCGUCAAUUCCAUGCUAAACCUCAUAUCCAUGAUUUCUCCAUAUUUCGCUUCCCUUAUUGAAGACUUUUUUCAAUCUUCAAACCAAGUUUUACGCUAUGAAAUCGAAAAACAAGAGAAUAUCCCUCGUUUAAUCAAUUGUACGUACGAGUUUAAGAACAUUACAUCGGAUUCUUUGGCGUAUUUCGUCAAUUUCGCCCACCUUUUGGCAGAAACUUUAAUUAAACAACAAAAAACAAAGCCAAUGUUCAUUACUCAGUUCUGCAAAUUCACAUCAUCCGUUAUACAAUUCCAGCAACAGCCGUUUAGAGCUAGGAACGGAAAUUUCUACCAAUUAUUGCCGUUAGUCAAAAUUCCAUCAGAAGGAACAUUACGAUCCUCCCUCGUUGAAGUGUUUUUCUACUCUCUACACCUUGAACUGAUGGAAUGUGACUCUGCUUUUAUCAAUGCAUCAGAUUUAGUUUUGAAUCAAGAUUAUGAGAGUCCAGAAUACAAAGACUCCUUCACAUUACUUCACCAAUCGAUGGAAAACAUCAAUACCAUUGUCAAAUGCUUUGACAGUUUCUUACAUAUAACCCAAACAAAGAAUCUCCAGUUAUCCAAGCCAGUUACAGCCUUCCUUGAUGCCAACAUCAACUCAUUCACCGUAGAAAUGAUUACGAAAAUCUUUGUCCGUCUCUGCAUGAUAAUUAUCCGAAAUCGUAAAUCAUUACAAAUGUUGGACACCAACAAGACCUAUUCACCAUCAUCAGACACGGAAGCCAAUAUAGAUUCCAUUGCCGAAAACCAGAAAAACGUAAAACUUUGGAUAAUGAUCUGCAAUUUCCACCAAGACAUAUCAACAGCACUGAUCAACUCCAUCCAAAGUACAACACCUGUCCUAUUAGAAUACAUAUGGCCCAAUCUAAUUGAACUUUUCUUCAACCAAGAGCCACCAAUACAAUUUGAUUCAUGUUUAUUCAGGGCAAUGUACCAAAGUUACGUUGCUUUCUCAGUGUUUAUGAAGUAUUUACAAAGGUACUUCUCAGAACAUUGGAAUAACUCAUACCAACUUUUGAAAUUAAUCCAAAAUAUCAGGUUUUUGUUCGAAAAAGUGUUUCUUAAAACUAAAAACCCUGAUAAACCAAUGCAGAACCAGGACCAGGAAUACCAUGAUUCAAUAAUCCAAUCUGUCAAUAAAAUCUGUCAAAAAGUAAAAGAACUUUUACAAAAUGAAAAGUUCGCUUUUGACGGUUUGUCACUUUUAUUAUCGGCCUCGAAAUAUUAUGACAUUGGGGAUAUUAGUGAAUUAUGUGAUACGAUUGCUAUUACUCCCAAAUCAUCAAUUCUUUUGGUCGAAUACAUCAUUUCACAAACAAACAAAUUAGUUGGAAGACCAAUUGUUCCUAUAUUUAAUUGUUUGAUCAAAACGGUUUGUCAUUGUAAAACAGAGUCAUUGAAGAUGAUGCACAAUCUGUAUAAGAUGGAUAAGAAGAUAUUCAUCAGACCUAACUUGGAUUUGCAGAAUUUCGUCGACUACAUUUUCGCAAAUUUGGAUUCAACAACAGGUGAAAACAAAAAAUUGUUAAUGAAGUUUUUGCAUCAUAUUCCUCAAGAAAAAUUGACACCAAAAAUUGACACAAAACCGUUUAUUAAUAAUGAGAAACUUAUACAGUUCUUUAUAGAUAAAUCAACAAAACAAUUGACGUUUGAUUAUGAUUUGAAAAAUUUGUUUGAAAGUUUAUAUAAAGGUGUUGAAAAAAGUGACAGCCAAGACACAUUUGAUUUUCUUAAGGAAUUGAUAUGCAAGAUGAUAGAAGUUGAUGACGAAUGCUAUACAUGCGAAUACAAGAUUUAUUUGCUGAAGAGUUUUUCAGAAGCUUUUAAUUGUUUGAAGAAAUAUUUGUUUGAAUUAUUUGACAUCAAAUUCAAUAUCAAAGAAAACAGGAAACCAUCAGUUAUUGCUAUAUUCCUCUUGUCUUAUUUGACUAAUUACAAGACACCUGAACUACACUUGUUAUCUAAAAUUUUCUCUCAAAUUUCGGAAAAAGAAAAAAUGAAGAAUUUCAUGGAAGAAAUUUCAUUUUUCGUGUUGUCAAAAUCACUUUUGUCACCUUUUGUCGCAAUUGACAUUUGCGAAAUCAUCAUGAAUAACGUAGACAAAGACAUGAUACAAGCAUCAACAUUUGCUUUGCUUGUAAAUAACAUGAUUUCUGUGAUAAACUCGAAUUCAUGGAAAGAAAGUCAAAAAAUUGACGGAUUAAUGAAUUUCAUUGAAUUGGAUUUGCUUCCGAAACGAAUCCAAAAGAUCAUUUACUUCGUGAGACAAAUGAUGAAGGACCAAAUAACUGAUGUUUAUCCGUUAUUACAAGAAAUUAAAACCACUAACGGUUUUAUUUCAAAUUUAGUUUUGAGUGAAAUGUUGAGUGAAUGCCAGCGUACACAGGAAAUCAUUGAUUUCAUAAGGGAUUUCUUGGAUGAAGCGAAGGACGACGACUUGAAGUUGUUUAGAACAUCUGGAACAUUGUUUAGAUCAUUCCCACAGAGUUACAACCAAUUAUCUGGAAAAGUUCAACAGAUAAUUACUCCAAAACUCGAAAAAAUCCUUGAAAAAGACAAAAAAUACCAAACAACUUUCUUAGUUUUACUUAUUCCUAUAUUAGAACAAAGUAAUGAUAUAACAGAUAUCACUCCAAUCCUCAAAAUCGCUCUCCAAAACUUGGAUAGACCAACAUCUUUCAUCAAAUGCCAGUGCCAAUUAAUAAUCAGAGCACUUUUCAAGAAUGGUGAUGCGAAAGCGAAGAAUGAAAUAACAAGAACAGCAUCGAUAUUCAUGAAAGAAAGGAAAUUCCCUGUUGUUAACACAAUAAACGAGUUCAUGAACAUAAAUUGGAAAUUGGUUUCUUCAGAACUAUUCACUUUCUUGUUCUACAACUCUCAAAUGUUCAUUGAUCUCAUGUUCAAAUACUUGGAUUUGUUACCUGAAGCUGUCAAAAACAUUCAGGAUUUGCCAACAAUGGAUUUACUUGAAAAUAUCUCUUGCUUGUACGAACUUUGUCAAACAGGGUUUGUUAACAAGUUGUCAAGUGAUACAAGACAAUUUAAGAAACUAGGAAAAGCUCUUCUUAAACUGUUGGCAGAAAUACCAAUUUUACAAUUCCCAAGAAAUAUUUCUGCCAUGUCAAAUUUCUUGAUUUCAAACAUUGUUGGUUUCAAAGAUAUUUUGAAAGAUUGUCUGAAAAGUGACAGUUUAUUAGAGGUACUUGUUAAAUUAGCUGAUAACAAGGCAUUCAUUGAUAUGGCUUCUUCAUUCUUAUUGGAAAAUAUGGACUCGAUUUUGGAAAUUUUGAAUGAAAAAGAGAAAAAUGACAGACGUCAAAUUUUCUUAGUUUUACUUUUGAUGAAAUUGCCGCUUAUUUCUGAGAACGAAAAUGUCAUUGAGAAAUUCUUCGAAAUAUAUGAAUCAAACUGCUCUUUCAUCAACACGAAAAUAGAGUUGUUUGAUGGCCCAUUUUUACUUAAAUUAAGUGAAUAUUUGGCAAAACAUUUCACAGAAAAAUAUUUGUCAAUUAAUCACAUUUUCACUUAUUCGGAGCCAAUUUUGUCAUCAACUUAUUUGCAUGCACUUGAAAACGCUGCUGAUUUCUCUAUGUUCAAAGGUGACUUCCUUAAGUUUACAAAACCGACUGAUAAUUUAAUCGUCAACCGUAAUUUAUAUGAAUUGAUUUCAAUGACGAUUUUGCAACGAAGAAAAGACUUAGUUCCUGAUUUCAUUGAAUACACCUCUUCUGAGUUUGAGCUCAAGUAUUCUUUACCUCUAUUUAAUGUAUUAAUCAAACUUAAGUUUAAUAUUGAUUACGAACAAUUUGAUUUCCUUGAAAUUUACGAUCAAUGUCAAAAUGACGAUGAAAAAAUUGAAUUGUUACUGUUUUGGUCUUCAUCAAAAUCAGAAAAAGAUUUUGUUGUUUUGUUCAGGAACUUGAUGGAUUACUUACACGUUCAUCCUGAUUCACGUGUAAAGAACGCGAUAUCCAAUUUAAUUAUUCCAAAUUCCGUGAAUCAAAACUCCAUUUCAAGUAUUUUAUUGGACAACUUUUUGAAGUAUUUAAGAUGUCAUUCAAUACAAUCAAUUCUUUUGAACUUAGUUUCAAGGAAUGCUGAUUAUUUCGAGCAUCCAACAUUGACAUUCCUUCUUCCUGUACAAGAGAAGAUCAAAGUGAUUGAGUCAAAUAUCAAAACACACGAGAACUCCAACAGAAAACACACUUUGCUCUCUUUCAUUUCUACAUUAACUGACAUAAUAAAUAUGAUAAAACCAAAAGGAUUGAAUGAAAAAACUCUUCAAUCUCUCCAGAUGCACUUAAAUAACAUCGGAAAUGCUCUCUUCAAGAUAAUAACAGAGACAAUCGAUGUAACAUUUAAGUACAGAAAUGAAUUCUCUGAAUUUUUGUCAUUUAUUGGCAAAUUUGUGUCACUUUUCCCAACAUCAUCAUUACCUGUUAAAGUAUUUGAACAAUUUACUUUCUAUUCGAACAAAUCGAAAGAGAAUCCACAGCAGAAAUCGAAGACUCUUUCUGUUGUCAUGGAGAUAUUGUAUUCGAACAUGAAAGACAUUGUUUCUGGUGUUGUUCAAAACACAGAAUACGCACAACUUGAUUUGGCCAUAGAAAUAUUCAUUGAAACACUUAAAUCGAAAGAUCAAAUUCUUUGGCCACAAGCUGUUCAAUGCCUCUCUAAAAUACUUAAGAGUUUCAGAUGGCAUGAUAAAGUAUUCGAAAAAGUGAAACCGUUGUUUAGUACUGAUUCUUUCGGACAUUGUUUCACUUUGUAUUUCGGAUACAAUAAACCUCACAUCCACAAAAUUAUGCCAGCGGUUGAAAACGGUUUGUCAAUCAUCAAGAGUUACAUGAAUGAUUUGGCGACGAAUGGAUCGAUUGUUUACUCCAUUUCCUACUUGAUUUUGUCAUUGAACCACAGAGUUGUUUUGCAGUAUUUGUCAUCAAUUCUUGCUAAUGCAAGUGAUACAAAAGAUUACAAAAUCAGUGGUUUCUUGAUGGAAUUCAUUUUGUUGCACAUUCCGAAAGAAAUGAGUUUGAGAAAGAAGUUCAUUGAUUUGCUAAAGAACACAAGUUUAUCUCAGGCAUUGUUCGACAGAGGAAAACUCCCUGAUCACAUUGUUCAAGAACUUCCUUUGGAAUCUUUAAUUGUUUUGUCAAAUCACAGAAACGUGACAGAUAAAUGUUUAGAACUAUUAAAGUCUGUCAAUUUCGAACAAUUACUUUUGACAUGUGCAAAAAUGUCUAUUCCAGGACCAGCUUUCUCCGUAAUUCUCUCAAAGAUAAUGAAGAAAGAUUUGAUCUCGAUUUCGCCAUUUAUAAAUAGAAAUUACGAAUUACCUAGAAAAUCACUUCAAAUCAUGAAAAGUGACAAAUCAUUUGACUUCACUUUACAGUUUGGAAUCAACACUUUAUUCGAUUCAGAGAAAAGUGAAGUAGAUUUAAGAAUUUUGUCAGAUUUUCCAAAUUUGAAUGAUUUACAAAAUAAUUUGCCAAACUUGAUUAUUUUGUCAAAAAUAGGAUAUUCAAAUUACAUGUUACAUGAAAUUGAUGACAAGAUGAACAACGAGAGAGGCAGAGAGAUCAUUGAUAAUCUUAAAAUUGGUGAUAGAUACAUUUUGAGUUUGAUUUCACAAGAAACACAAAUUGAACAGAAAUUGAGUGGAAUAUUUAAUCACACGGAUUGUUUGAAAGAAAACGCAACAGUGAAGGGAUUAUCUGAGUACAUGAUUGUCCACGAAAUCAAGAGAAUUGUAGAGGCAUUGAAGAAACACUCAAAUGGUUUCGUGGCUUUCAAAUUUAAAUUGAAUAGUUACAUAUCACCUCACUUACACAAAUAUUACAAAGAUGUCAGAGAUUUGACUUGCCAGAAGUUCACUGUAAAUGAUGCUGAGAAGAUUGAUAUGAAACACAUGAAAUCUCUUAAUAAAUCAAUCACUUUACAUGAAAAAGUGACAAUUGAUUUGCCAAAAUUGUCAGAACUUCCAAAUUUAGUCAAAAAUCAACAGAGUUUGUCAACAGUUUUCAUUGUCACAAAAAUGUCGAAAUUAUCGCCAGAAACAGUUGACAAAGCUGCAGCAGCAUUGAUUAAAUCAAAACCAGAAUCAAUUUUACCUUAUCUUCUUUUCUUAGACGAUAAAAGUGACAAAAGUGAACCGAUCAAGAAGAUUUUGAGCGGAACUCCUAUUCCUUAUGAAAUUUCAUUGAUGAUGGCUGAAAUAAUCCAACAGAACGAGAAUUUGCAGAAUUUGAAACCAUUGAUACACAACAGUUUUAAUUUUGUAUUUAAUAUAUCAGAAAAUUACCAAAAAGAUGCUUUCCUUUCUUCUGUUUUUAGAGUUUGUAAUUCUUUGAUUUGCCAGUCGCAAUUGCAAGCUUUACAAUUCGCAGAAACCGAAAUUGAGAAAAUUAAAGGUACAAAAGAAGAAAAAUCAAACGAAUCUCCUGCUUUAGACUCAAUUGAGAGCCAGCCAAUUAUGUCACAACUCAUUGAAGGAAAAACAAUUCCAAUGGUCAAAACAAAUGAUUUAUCUUAUUCUUUGUCACUUUUUGUAGAAAAAGACGAUGAUUGCGACAUCAAAAUCAGGAUUACUACUUCAAGCGGAAACAAUGUUUACUACUCAUUGAGUCCUUACAAAUACAUGUCUCUAAGACUUUCUUAUUUCACGAAAUUCAUUAAUAGAAUUUUCUCUAAAAUGCCUGGAACAAAUAACUCUGGAAUUCUUUUGAAUUCAAUCGAUUCUGUUGACCUCAAAAACGGUUUUUAUCUAUCGUUGACUUCACUUUCUCCAUUAUUCAAUUACUCCGACUUAAUCUCAAUGAAUGAAGAGAAAACAACAGAAACAAACAAGAAACAAUUCACAAAAAUCACAAAAGAAAGUCACGCGUUUUGGUUCAAUACUGUUGGAUCAAGAUACGCCGCUCUUUUCGUCAACCAAAUAUUGAUUGGCGGAGGAAUUCCUUCUCCUCUGAAUCUGUUUGUUGAUGGCGAAGACUCAAAAUUCGCUAUUUCUGAUGUAGAAUACUCGGAAAUUAAAUUACCGAGAUUGGUUGGAAGAAUCAAACAAUAUUUCGAUGAUAUAGUGUUGAGAGGUCCAUUCAGGAACUCCAUUUUGUGCGCAAGUGAUGCAAUAUGCAGAAAUAGAGAGAAAGUCUUGUUCUUCAUUGAAGAAAUAUUCAACGAAGAAAGAGAUGUUUCUGCAACUAGAAUUUCUGAACUUUCAAAGUUCUCUCCACUCGAAAUGAAGCAACCAAAUGAAGCUCUUGACGAGGCAGGAAAGGUCAUCUCUGCUGCAGUGAACAUUAAUGACAAAACAGUCAUUCCUUGGAUAUAA